CUCCUCUCCACCCUUCCCUCCUCCGGCGACACUGCGUCCAGAGCUCCAGCUUCUCCUCUCCUCUCCUCUCCUUGGGUCGAAAUUGUCUGAUACAAAUUUGUGUAUUGAAUUGGUACCAACCAAAGAUAUCUAGCUGGGGUCCUUAACAUUUCAAACAUGGAAGAUCUGAAUAAGCCAUUGCUUGAUCCAGAAAACUUUACUCAAGAUUCAAUGGAUUUGGAACGCAUGCCCUUGGAGGAAGUUUUUGAACAGCUAAGAACUUCUCGAGAUGGACUUUCGUCAGCAGAUGCUGAGUCACGCUUACAGCUUUUUGGCCUAAAUAAGCUAGAGGAGAAGCCUGAAAAUAAGUUUUUGAAGUUCCUUAGUUUCAUGUGGAACCCCUUGUCAUGGGUUAUGGAAGCUGCAGCAGUGAUGGCAAUCGCACUUGCUAAUGGUGGAAGCGAGGGUCCUGAUUGGCAAGACUUUGUUGGAAUUAUCUGCCUACUGAUUCUCAAUUCAACAAUUAGUUUUAUUGAGGAAAACAAUGCUGGAAAUGCAGCAGCAGCACUUAUGGCUCAUCUUGCUCCUAAGUGCAAGGUACUCCGAGAUGAUCAAUGGCAAGAGAAGGAUGCAGCUAUUCUAGUACCAGGGGAUAUCAUCAGCAUUAAGCUUGGUGACAUUAUCCCAGCAGAUGCUCGUUUGCUUGAGGGUGACCCUCUUAAAGUUGACCAGUCAGCUCUGACUGGUGAAUCUCUACCUGUCACAAAGAUGACAGGUGACGUAGUAUUCUCUGGUUCAAUUUGUAAACAAGGAGAGAUUCAGGCUGUAGUAAUUGCAACUGGAAUUCACUCUUUCUUUGGGAAAGCUGCUCUUUUGGUAGACUCUACAGAAGUAGUUGGGCAUUUUCAGAAGGUUCUUACUUCAAUUGGGAAUUUCUGUAUAUGCUCGAUAGCCGUUGGAAUGAUUCUUGAGAUCAUAGUCAUGUUUCCAAUCCAACAUCGUUCAUACAGAGAUGGAAUCAACAACCUUCUCGUUCUUUUAAUAGGAGGCAUACCCAUAGCUAUGCCGACAGUGUUAUCUGUAACCCUUGCAAUUGGUUCUCAUCGCCUCUCUCAACAGGGUGCAAUUACUAAAAGGAUGACAGCCAUCGAAGAAUUGGCUGGAAUGGAUGUUCUUUGCAGCGAUAAAACUGGCACACUCACCUUGAAUCGACUCACUGUUGACCGGAAUCUUAUUGAGGUUUUCAGUGAGGGCAUGGACAAAGACAUAAUUGUCUUGCUUGCAGCAAGAGCCUCAAGGCUUGAAAACCAGGAUGCCAUUGAUACUGCUAUCAUUAGUAUGCUUGCUGAUCCUAAAGAGGCACGUGCAAACAUCACUGAAGUACAUUUUUUCCCCUUCAACCCAGUGGAUAAACGGACAGCAAUUACAUACAUCGAUUCAGAAGGAAACUGGUAUCGAACUAGCAAAGGUGCUCCAGAGCAGAUUCUAGAUCUAUGCUAUAAUAAAGACAAAAUUUCUGGAAAAGUUCAUGCAAUCAUUGACAAAUUUGCUGAAAGGGGACUACGCUCUCUUGGAGUUGCUUAUCAGGCCAUUCCUGAGAAAACAAAAGAGAGUUCAGGUGGUCCAUGGGUUUUUUGUGGCUUAUUGCCAUUGUUUGAUCCACCUAGACAUGACAGUGCUGAGACCAUUCGGAGGGCACUGAACCUGGGUGUCUGCGUGAAGAUGAUUACUGGUGACCAGCUAUCCAUUGCUAAAGAAACUGGAAGACGCCUUGGAAUGGGAACGAACAUGUACCCUUCCUCAUCAUUGUUCAGUCAUGAUAAAGAUGAAAAUGAAGCUCUUCCAGUUGAUGAACUUAUUGAAAAAGCGGACGGAUUUGCUGGUGUCUUUCCUGAGCAUAAGUAUGAGAUUGUGAAAAUUCUCCAAGAAAAGAAGCACGUGUGUGGGAUGACAGGAGAUGGUGUCAAUGAUGCUCCUGCACUCAAGAAAGCAGACAUUGGAAUAGCAGUAUCAGAUGCCACUGAUGCUGCUAGGAGUGCUGCUGAUAUUGUUCUUACGGAACCCGGCUUGAGUGUCAUUGUCAGUGCAGUCUUGACCAGCCGGGCCAUAUUUCAGAGAAUGAAGAACUACACAAUUUAUGCUGUGUCCAUUACUAUACGAAUAGUGCUUGGGUUCAUGCUUCUCGCUUUGAUUUGGGAAUAUGAUUUCCCUCCUUUUAUGGUUUUGAUAAUAGCCAUUCUGAAUGAUGGGACCAUCAUGACAAUAUCCAAGGAUCGUGUGAAGCCAUCACCACACCCUGAUAGUUGGAAACUCAAUGAGAUUUUCGCUACAGGUGUUGUCAUAGGGGCUUACCUUGCAUUAGUUACAGUUCUCUUUUACUGGGCUAUCAUCAAGACUAACUUCUUUGAGACUCAUUUCAAAGUUAGAACUCUCAGCAGCAGCAUUGAAGAGGUCUCGUCUGCUGUAUAUCUGCAAGUUAGCAUCAUCAGCCAAGCUCUUAUAUUCGUCACACGUAGUCAGAGUUGGUCAUUUUUAGAGAGACCGGGUACUCUCCUAAUGUGUGCAUUUGUUAUAGCUCAGCUGGUUGCCACCCUGAUUGCAGUUUACGCACAUAUCAACUUUGCAUCGAUUCGUGGUAUAGGCUGGGGCUGGGCUGGUGUGAUUUGGAUUUACAGUUUAAUUUUCUACAUUCCUCUUGACAUAAUCAAGUUCACCGUUAGAUAUGCUCUCAGUGGAGAGGCAUGGAAUCUGCUGUUUGACAGAAAGACUGCUUUUACUUCCAAAAAAGACUACGGAAAGGAAGAUAGAAAAGCUCAAUGGGUAAUCUCCCAGCAGUCCUUGCAGGGGCUUAUACCUUCUGAUAUCAUUGCCAAUGGAAGACGGUCUUCUUUGAUUGCUGAACAGGCAAAGAGACGUGCUGAGAUAGCCAGAUUGGGAGAAAUACACACGCUAAGAGGACACGUAGAAUCUGUAGUGAGACUGAAGAAGUUAGACAUCAAUGUUAUUCAAACUGCUCACACAGUAUGAUACCUACCAGCGAUAACCUUUUCACUACAACUGCGGAAUAGAUUCAUGAGACUCCGGUUAAAGAACUUUUGCUCUUUUACUUUUCACCACAUUCUGAUAAGCCCAUAAUAUGAACAAGAUAGGUGAUUUAAGUUUAUGAUAGUCAUUAAAAUGAUGGAUUCGGACAAUGUUCCUUCAUGCAAUGGAAGUGCCAGUUUUUUUCUCGUCAGACCAAGUCAUGAUCAGAUGUAAUUGAGUUGUCAGCCAAAUAAUGCACACUCUGAUUCAAACUUCAA